UUGUGUCUUAAUGCAGCGGGUGAGACCCCUAUGAUAACAGACGUUACAUAGCAAGCUAACGGUAGCUAUAUAGCUAACUAGUACUAUAGUUGUAUAGUAAUACAGUCACCGUCUGGACCCACUAGGAGAGCUAGUCGUUAGCUAUGGUACUAUGUAACUAUAGUACCAUAGCUAACGGUUAGCUCCCCGUCACUGUUAAAAUAGGAUCAUGUUUAUCUCCUAGCCAAUACCUUAAUCAUUUAAAUGGGAUCGACAAGCGUCUCAUUUGGUGUUUUGACAAUAACUUGCAGUAUGCCCAAUAUAAUGGUAUGCUUUCGGAUUGAGCCAGUGCGAAGUGAUGUGUUAUAUCUUUGUAAUUGUUCUUCAUACGUAGUGUAUCAGCAUAUAACCUAUGUUCAGACAGGACAUUACAUCUCCGUUACCUCGAGUUAAACGAAGCCAGGGUUUGCUCCCUGUUCGCAGAUGAUGUGCUACCGAGCGAGAUGUAUCACUUAAUAUAAUCUUCAUAACGACUGUCAACAGUAUCAGUGGUAACACAGUGUUCCAAGUUAGGGUUAGGGUUCGUCCAUCCCUAGCUCCCUCCAGAAGGGGCGCCAGGCAUCACGUCACUUGUGAGGGAGUGAGGGAGGGCCAAUGCUAACAGUUAGUUUUAUUCUUAUUGUUUCAUCCCUUGGGCUCUGUACCCUUAACCAUAUGGGAUCACUGAAGUUUGAUCUUAUCUUUACAAUAGUCGGUUGUAGUCACUGUUACUUAAAUGUAUAUGAACAAAAGUAUGUCUCUUUAUCCAUCACUAGAGGACCUGAAGGUGGACAAGGUGCUGAAGACCCAGGCCCAUUUAGCCCAGACCAGCCCCACUCCCAUGGCUGCCAUCACUGAGGGAAACACACAGCCCCAACCCGCUACAGAGUGCAUGCCAGGAUCAAGCCUGUACCCCAAUCUGGAGGACCUUGGCGAGUACAUGGGUCUGAGCCUUAACAGUGAUGAGGUGCACAGUAACCUGGCCUUGGUGCCCGUGGCAGACAAUGUGGCUGCUGUGUCUGGCUAUGGGGGCAUGGUGCGGCCAGUGACCGGGGCUGACGUGGGCAUCAGAAGGGCUGAGAUCCGCCCGGGCCUGCGUGAGGUGAUCCUGUGUAAGGACCAGGACAAGAAGAUUGGCUUGCGACUGAGGGCCAUAGACAACGGGGUCUUCAUCCAGCUGGUCCAGGCUAACUCCCCUGCGGCCCUGGCCGGCCUGCGCUUCGGCGACCAGGUCCUCCAGAUUAAUGGGCACAACUGUGCUGGCUGGAGCCUGGACAAGGCCCAUAAGGCCCUGAAGGCCGCUUCCGAAACCCGCAUCGAGCUCAUAGUCAGGGACAGACCCUUCCAGCGCACCAUCACUAUGCACAAAGACAGCUCCGGCCAUGUGGGAUUCAUCUACAAGUCUGGGAAAAUCACCUCUCUGGUGAAGGAUGGCUCUGCCGCCCGCAACGGUCUGCUGACGGACCAUUACAUCUGUGAGAUCAACGGGCAAAAUGUUAUUGGACUCAAGGAUUCUCAAAUCAAGGACAUUUUGAGCACCUCUCCGACUGCAAUGACCAUCACCAUUAUGCCCAAGUUCAUCUAUGAGCACAUGAUCAAAAGGAUGUCCUCUGGUCUUCUGAGGUCCGCCAUGGACCACUCUGUGCCUGAGGUGUGAGAGGACAACCAAGUCUACCCAAUCACAUGUCUGAAGUCAGGACGUCCACAAUCGUAUAUGCAGAGAUUUUCAUCAAUGUCUCUUCCCCUCUCAACUUUUUUUUUAACCAUUUACUCCUGACCCUGUCUGUAAUUGUAUCAUAUAACUUUUUUCAUUAUUAUGUUCGACAUCACAAUUGUGUGUCGUUAACAUGACUAUGGCUUUUCUAUAUUUUAUGUGUUUUGCUAUCGAUCUACUUUAUUUACAUACACGCCUGUUCCAUUUCUACCAUGUCCUUGCCUUUCAUAAUCAUGACUUUAUUGUCCUUUUUAAAGUUUGGACUUUCUUGUGGUCUGCGCUUUACAUGCCUUCCUUCCUUUGUAUUACGUGACAUAAAGGACAGUUAUAUGUUGUUUUUAAAGCAUGCUACCAUGACUCCAGAGCUUCCUCCUUUAUGAGAUGGAGAUGGUUCAUAAGGCGAGUGACCUUUCACUUUUGUGUCAAAAUGCUGUAAACGCUGGUGAUCCUCUAUAGUCAGUCCUCAACCAACCUUUCCUUUAAAUCAAGGCUGUGCUCCAUUCCCCGGACUUGCCCCUGAGUGUGUUUAUGGUAAACUCCAUUAUGAGAAUGGAAAUAUUCAAAUUGGCUGCCCUCUUGAGGUGUGUGUGUGCGCGUGCGUGCAUUUCAAUCACACCUACUAUUGUUGUUCCAAGGGCCAUUCCACAAACGGCUGUGGAUAUGCUGGAGAAUCAUAUCCCUGCCCUUGAGGUCAUUAUUAGGAUUUGGGUUACAGUUUUUAGUUUAAUUGUAUUAGUUGAUAGCACAUUUUGAAGGGGAUACGUUUUACAGAAUAUGGAGGGAAGCACCAAAGCCCACUACCCUAUUUUACUUGAGCUUUUGGCCUUAUUCACAAAAGUUGUGUCAACGUCCCCUUGUGAAGCUCAAACAACGCCCUCAGUGCACCGUUUUAGGAAAGAAAUCAAAGUAUGUCAUUGCAUGCUAGCGUUGGUUGCUAUUGGUAACGGAGACAACUUAUUUGAAAGUCUAAAUGGUAAAUGUAGACAUUUAAAUGUCAUUGCGAAGGGAAUAGUUAAGCUUGGGAGAUUAUAAAUUGUUGCUGGACAGAUCCACUAAGUGCACUUUCCACUACCUUUUGAGUGGUUUUCAUUUUCUUCAUCGAGGUAUUUGUGUUCCCUAUUGAUUCUGAAUACGAACGUGUACUUUCUAUUUUAAGUAAAGGGAAUUUAUUUUGUUUUUAUGCAGAGUGUAGCAUGGUCAAAUCAAUGCAUUUACCUCUAAAUCAAGGGUCCAGUUGAUACAUUUCAUUCUGUUUUGCUAUGCAUCGUUAGGGGAUCCCCUCUACUCUUUUCAUUCUGUGAUUGGUGUGGUUAAAAAUUACUAACUAUGUCACAAUUUUCCUUCCAACCAUUUUUAGAAAUGCUGUGCUUUUUGAUGCUGUUCAUUUUUUAAUGCAUGGAUAGGCAUUUUGGAUUUUGGAGAAGUAAUCUGAAAAAGUAGUCAUUACUCUGUACAAUAUUAUAAGAAUCAUAAAAGUUACGUUUGAAUUUAACCCGGAUAGUUAUUGUAAAACAAACAAUAAACGAAUAAAGUAUUUCUGUUUCUAUUUACUUGUCCC